AGUGAACGGUGUAGAGUGCUGUAGUCACAGACAGGUUGGACUUGUUCUUGCCUUCACAAAACCCAAGUAACUCCCGCUCCUUUCCACUUGCACAAAUCAGGCUAAAACACCAAGGAAAAAGCAGGUCGGAGUCGUUUUAGUCCAGAAAGAAACAUGCCAGAGGAAGGAGGGGAAUACUAUGGAAAGCAUGGUGAGCCAAGGAAGUAUGAUCCGACAUUCAAAGGCCCCAUUCAGAACAGGGGCUGCACAGACAUUGUAUGCUGUAUCCUGUUCAUUUUGGCCAUACUGGCCUAUUUCGCAGUGGGGAUUCUGGCAUGGUCCCAGGGAGACCCCAGGAAGGUGAUCUAUCCCACGGACAGCCGAGGCCAGUUCUGUGGACACGCUGGCACUCCCCUCGAAAAGAAGCCAUAUUUGUUCUACUUCAACAUCAUGAAGUGUGCCAGUCCCAUGGUGCUCCUGGAGUUCCAGUGUCCCACUACACAGAUGUGUGUUGAUAAGUGCCCAGACAAAUUCAUGACCCUAGUCAAAGCUUACCACAACCAAAAGGAGUUUGACUACUACAAGAACUUCUGCAAAGAGGGUGUGACCAACACAAUGGGUAUACCAGAAAUCCUUAAGCAAGGUCUAUGUCCUACUAUGCUGACCCCAAGCGUGCCAUUCACUCGUAGGUGCUUCCCUGCUUUGGGGAAGAAAGGAGGAGUGAUCACUGUGGGUAACACCUCCCAUUUUGAUGACGGCACAGGAAAGAUGAGAGAGGCUAAGGAUCUUGUAGAUGGUGUCAAAAAUGCCACCGUUGUCAUUGAGGCUCGCCAAGUUGUGAUGAAAAUUUUUGAGGACUACACCCAGUCGUGGUACUGGAUUUUAAUCGGCCUGGUCAUUGCCAUGCUCACCAGCCUGCUCUUCAUCGUGCUACUACGUUUUCUGGCUGGCAUCAUGGUGUGGGUUAUGAUUGCAUUGGUUAUACUGGUUAUAGGAUAUGGCAUCUUCCACUGCUACAUGGAGUAUGCAGCGCUGAAAGGAGAGCCAGGUGCUAAUGUGACCCUUCAGGAUUUGGGCUUCCAGACCGACUUCUCUGUCUAUCUCCAGAUCAGGCAGACCUGGCUGGCCUUCAUGAUCAUCCUGGCCAUUGUGGAGGUGAUUAUCAUCUUGCUGCUCAUCUUCCUCAGGAAAAGGAUCCUCAUUGCUGUAGCUCUCAUCAAAGAGGCCAGCAGAGCCAUUGGUCAUGUGAUGAGCUCCCUCUUUUACCCACUCUUCACCUUCCUCUUGCUGGCUGUGGUCAUCGCUUACUGGGCAGUCACUGCAGUGUUCUUGUCCACUUCCAAUCAGCCCGUGUACAAAGUGUUCAACGAGUCUGCAUGUUCACACUCUAGAGAGACAUGUGAACCAGCAAAUUAUUCAACAAGUCUUAUGAAAGCAGAGUGUCCAGACUCGGAAUGCCUUUUUGCCUUCUAUGGAGGGGAGACGGUUUACCACAAGUACUUGAUUGGACUGCAGUUCUACAACGUCUUCCUAUUCUUUUGGUGCGCUAACUUUGUUACAGCGCUGGGGCAGAUGACUCUGGCUGGGGCCUUCGCUUCAUAUUACUGGGCCUUUGUCAAACCAGACGAUAUGCCUGCCUUCCCUGUAUUUGCCUCCCUGGGAAGGUCCCUCAGGUAUCACACAGGCACUCUUGCGUUUGGCUCUCUCAUUCUCUCCAUCAUUCAGAUCAUUAGAGUGCUGCUGGAGUACCUGGACCACAAGCUCAAAGGAGCCCAAAAUAAGUUUACCAAGUUCCUGCUGUGCUGCCUUAAAUGUUGCUUCUGGUGUUUAGAGAAAUUUGUCAAGUUCCUCAAUAGAAAUGCUUAUAUCAUGACGGCAAUUUAUGGUAAGAACUUCUGCACUGCUGCCAGAGAUGCCUUCCUCCUCCUCAUGAGAAAUAUGAUCAGGGUUGCCGUUCUGGACAAAGUCACAGAUUUCCUCUUGUUUCUGGGAAAACUGUUAAUUGUCGGGCUUGUCGGUGUCUUUGCCUUUUUCUUCUUCUCUGGGAGAGUCAAGGCCUUUGAGAACACAGCUCCCAAUUUGCACUAUUACUGGGUGCCCAUUAUAACCGUGGUGAUUGGCUCCUACCUGAUCGCCCAUGGCUUCUUCAGCGUGUACUCCAUGUGUGUGGACACUCUGUUCCUGUGUUUCUGUGAAGACUUGGAACGCAACGAUGGCUCCGCUGCCAGGCCAUAUUACAUGUCGUCCACUCUGCGCGAGAUCCUGUGGAAGAAACAAGCCGAAGACAGCGAGGGGGGAGAUCAGGCCAAGCUACAAGAAUAAGGACUUCAAAGGAUAAAACACACUAUUUAGACUGGAUGUAUUGAUCUACGCUCCGAAUGUGACUAACACUCUGAGCUGGAAAAUCACCCAAUGAUGCCUUAAGGACUUUUUGAAUUUCAUAUUUCAGAAAUGAAUUUUUCUGAGCUGCUAGAACACUCACAGUCCAAACAAAAUCUCCUAAAUGACAAACAAAUGAAUCACACAUACACACAACUUCACACAACUUCAUCAAUAUGACUAGAAUUUAAAAUGGCAGACACAAUUAUCUAAACAAAAAUUCAACACAUACUUUUUCUGAAAGUUGUUUCCCAGUGACUGAAAUCAUGUGACUGAAAGUAAUGCUUAAAAACUCAACAAGCUGAUAAGCCUAUUGAGGAGUGUUAAAGAUGCACUGUGGAACUUUUCUGGUGCAGGGUCCACUAGUUAUUGGUUUUCAACGUAUUUUGAACAACAGCAACCAAAAAAAAAACAACACUUCAAAUGUAUCAAACACUAGAUGCAUAAAUAUAAUACCAUACUGUGGAAUAUUCCCUCCAUCAGAAAAGUUACAUAAAUUUGUAAUAUCUGAAAAAGUAGUGUAGAGUUGUCAUGGUGAGAACUGAACUGAAUUUGUAGUUUGCUGAACUUUGCCUUUUUACAGAACAUAUUUAUGAAACUUGAAGCCGCUCUUGUGCCUGUGCUCUUUCAAAUCUCCCUGCACUUUAUAAUGAGUUUGAGUUUUGAGUCAUUGUUUGUACUCAUUUUUCUAUGUAGAACUUUUAGUACUUUCAAACAAGUAGCAUUGUGUAUUAAACUGUAGUUGCUAUGGUUACUGAACGGACACCCUGUACACUACUAUCCAUGGGUUUCAGAGAGAUGUAACACUACCACUGUUGUCAUAACAAUUAACAAUUAAAAAAAAAAAUAGAGAGAGAUCUUUCAACUGGUCAGUUAUCCUCAGAUGUUGACAAAACAUGAAGUUGAAACCCAUGGAUAGAACCAUACUUUAUUGUUUCGAAUUUUUCUUUUGUACACAAUGAAUGCAGAAUACAGUAUAGAUUAGGGAUGUAACAAUAACCAAAAUAUCGUGAUAUCGUAUCGUCCAAAGUCUCACAAUAAUAUUGUGCGCUGUCACAAUAUAUCGACUUACAAGUUCCUUUGUUUAAAUGCAUGGUGUUAUAGUAGCAAUUACUACAUAUCCCUUGAUGCAUUUCAGUGCAAACAACAUGAAGAAAUAUGUUUUUUUACUUGAAUUCUUAGGAUUAUGACAGUAAUUAUGUGCAUCAGAAUCUUGUCAAGGUAUUUUAAAGGCAAAAAAGUGUCCUAUCUACAAUAAUAUUAGCCUCUCCAAAAUAUCGCAAUAAAUAUCGUACCGUGAGAUGCAUAUCGUUAAAAUAUUGUAAAAAGAGAUUUGGAUAUCAUUACAUCCCUAGUUUAUAUGACAAGCAAGAUUGAAAUAUUGAUCCUGCAUAUUGUUAUAAUUUUUCAGAAUGUAUGUAUUCUAUAGCGCUUCCAAUAAAAAGGCCUACAAACCUAAUGGAAAUGUAAACCAAA